AUGGAGCAAUACUCACCUCCUAAGGGAGGACCUUCUUCUCCGGCAGCUUCUCGUGAGCCACGACUACAUCUUCCAUCAACUACUGAUCCCCCUGGCCCACAGAAUCCCCCCAAGCCUCUCGUAUGGCUGAUCUUCGGAGCAACAGGCCACAUGGGCCGCUCCCUCGUCAAAAACGCCCUAUCCCGCCACGACCUCGUCGCCGCCGUCGGCCGCACCUACGAGAAUAGCCCCGAAAGCAUGAAAGAGCUCGAAGACGAACACGAAAACUGCCUCGGUCUCCUCUGCGACGUCCGCGCCCGCGAAACCGUCAAACGAGUCAUCGACCAAACAAUCGCCCGCUUCGGCCGCAUCGACGUAAUCGCAAACUGCUCCGGCUACGGCGUCAUCGGCGCCUGCGAAGACCAAGACGAAUUCGACAUCCGCAACCAAUUCGAGACAAACUUCACCGGCACACUGAACAUGAUUCAAUUAUCGUUGCCGCAUUUCCGGGAACGACGCGCGGGAAGGUAUUUGAUUUUCAGCUCGACGUCUGGCGCACUGGGUGUACCGGGUUUGGGACCUUAUUGUGCGUCCAAGUAUGCGGUGGAGGGCUUGAUGGAGAGUAUGCUUUAUGAAGUGGAUAGUUUCAAUAUUAAGGGGACGCUGGUUGAACCGGGACAUAUGCGUCGCGACGAUAUUGGGGAUUUGGUCUCGCCGUCGGUUAUGGCCGCGAAUCCGUCGGCGCAUAAUUUGUCUUCGCCGUUACCGCUUUACGGGCACUUUUUGGUGAAACCGCCCAGUGAGCCUUAUAACACUCCGACAUCCCCUGCGGCGCAUGCGAGGCGCAUGUUGAUGUGGUUGGGUGAUAAACAGCCUGCUUCGGCUGUGAAGGCGGCUCAUCUUGUUUGGGAGCUGGGGCAUUGCUCUUAUCCGCCGCUCAGGUUGAUUCUGGGUACGUAUGCGGUGGAGAGUAUUCGGGAUCGACUGAAGUGUAUUAUUGAGGAGAUUGAGGAUUGGAAACAUCUUAGUUUUCCGUUGGGAGAGUCGCAGCCUGCAGCUGGGCGAGACAAGUCUGUGUCUAUUGAAGGGGCUGAAGGGGGAACGGGGUGA